AUGAGCAAACAAACACCCAACACAUCCACAACCAGUGCAGGAGGCUCCACUCGUUUGACACGUCCUCCUCAGCACGUGAGAACCUCCAGUGGAAUCACAGCACACAAUAAUACUUCAAACACCAAUGAACUGAAUCUCUCUUCCACUUCCUCCUCUCACAGUGCUGUUUCAUCUUCCGAUCCUCAUCAUCAACAUCCGCAACAACAACAACAACAUGCCAUGUACAGUUCAGCCGUGUACGGACAACGUCUCAACAAGAGCCGAUGCAUGGCUCCAGUCAAGGGCGAUACUCAAAACAAUAGAUUUCUGGUUGGUACCUGCUCUCUCAAUUCCAACAAUGAAGUCCAUCUGAUUGAAUUCAAUGAAGAAGAAAAUGAUAUUUAUUGUCGGCAAGUAUAUUCCCAUUUGAAUGAAAUUUGGUCCAUCAGUCCACACCCGAGCAAGCCUAAAUAUUUCUUUACCAUUUACAAUACAGUCAAGUUUGGAUUUGAGGCAGCUCUGCAUGGAAUGUCGUGUUAUUCCGAUGAUGGAUCUUGUCAUGAUGAUGACGAUCAUAAUAAUUUGGAAGUCAUUUCAAAAUUGGAAGCAAAACAAUUUGAUAAUGAGAGAGUUCAUGAAGUAUUGUGGGAUUUGAAUGGAACCAAUGAUCGUUUUCUGACCAUUGAUGACAAAUCACUCCGAGAAUUUAGAUUUGAAAAAACAUGUAAAUUCCAAAACAAGUAUGAUAUGGGCGGAAGAAGAUUGAGAACCGGUGCAUGGGAUCCUCAUCACUCGGAAAUUGUUGCAGUGGCAGCACAAACCAAAAUUAUUCAAGUGGAUUUGAGAGAAAAGAAUAAUAAGAAGAAUUUGGAAUUUAUGGCUCACGAUCAAAUGGUUCGUGAUGUCCAAUAUAAUCCAUAUCAACCCUAUCGAUUGGCAUCCUGUGGUGAUGAUUGUUUAAUCAAGUUUUGGGAUGUACGCUCAACCAAAGAGCCCUUACUCGUUCUGGCAGGUCAUUCACAUUGGAUUUCAAAAAUUAGAUUUAAUCCACAAUACGAUCAAUUGGUGUUGACAGGUGGUACCGAUAAUAAGGUCAAUUUAUGGUCCAUCGCCUCAAUUUCUUCAAAAUACAAAGAGCAAGAAUUGGAGGAAGAGUUACAACAAGAAUCAACGACGAGUACUGGUGUGAAACCAAAGAAAGAAGAAUUGUUUGAUUCUCUCGUGCAUAGCUAUGAUGAACACGAAGAAAGUGUUUAUUCUCUGUGUUGGUCCAAUACCAAUAGUUGGACAUUUGGUUCUGUAUCAUAUGAUGGUCGCGUGCUCAUGCACACCGUGCCAAAGGCUGAAAAGUUGCGUGUUUUGAAUCUUUAG